AUGAAUUUUGAUGUAAGGGGUGACGAGGCUCUUCAAGCAGAAAAAGAGGACAAACAAAUAAAUCAAAAGAAUGGCGAAAGAAGAAAUAUAGGCAAAAUUCUUGAUGCUAUUUUGAGCUUGGACAAAUACGACCUACCAUUUGCUCUGGUUGAAGGCAAUGUUAAAAAAAUAAGAAGAACGAUUAGCCAUGGCGAUGAAGGCUCGUAUGAGCACGUUAAAAUUUAUGCAAUCCAAAUAUACUUAAACAAGAUGUACAUUUACCGUCUGUGCCAGUCAAGCCGAGGCAUUUAUGUCUUCGAAAACGUCAUGUCAUUCCAUCUAGCCCGCCCUUUUGGAUUAGUAUCAAACUUUGCUCCAAGAAUCUUAGAAUCUAUGGAAAGUAAAGCUGACAAUUAUUUAAACAGUGACUCUGAUGGCAAUUCUUCUGAAGAAUCAGAUAAUUCUCGCGACACUGCCCAUGCUUCGCCAAAAAAGCAAAAGACUAGAAAAUGA